AUGGCAGCGGCACGCCCCGAGCCGCCGGCGCGCCGUUGGCCGGCCGCGCCCACCGGCCCGCCCCGCCGCCCUCCGCCGCCCGCCGGCCGCCGCUCGCCCGCCUCAGUCGCACUCGACACCUCGUGCUGCACGCCCGUCUCUGUGCGCUGCUCCGUGCCCUCUCUAACUCUACAUCUAAUACGCGAACCCAACUCGGUCCACGUGUGCGGGUGUGAUGUGCCGAGUGCGGUGACGGGAGUUGGGAGUCAGGAGGUUGGAACCGUCGAGCUGGGUGCCAGCGAGGUGGAGGUUGCGGUGGGCGGGCGGUGGCGCGCGCGGGCGCUGGAUGCGGCAGGGGCGGCGGCGACGGGCGUGGGCCCCGGCGCCGUGAUGACGGUGCAGCGCGACGAGCGCGAUGCGCGCGCUCCACGCACUCGUUUCAUGAUAACAGACAUCCUCGACGCCGCGCCUAGAGACCUUAGCGCGCAUAGAGACUCUGAUUCGGAUCGGUCUGCUACGGAUUCUCCAGGUGUGAAAGAUGAUUCGGACGACGUAUCAAGUAAAUCUUGCGGUGGUGACGCCUCCGGCUUAGCGAAGAAACAAAGAAAGGCGAGGACUGCCUUCACGGACCACCAACUACAGACGUUAGAAAAAUCCUUUGAAAGGCAAAAGUACCUAAGCGUGCAAGAUCGCAUGGAACUCGCCGCUAAGCUAGGCCUCACAGACACGCAAGUGAAGACGUGGUAUCAAAAUCGACGGACGAAAUGGAAACGUCAAACCGCCGUCGGCCUAGAGCUUUUAGCUGAAGCUGGCAACUAUGCGGCCUUCCAGCGGUUGUAUGGUGGCUAUUGGGCGGGGGUGCCGGCCUACCCCACGCAACCCGCCCCCACCGCCGACCUGUACUACCGGCAGGCGGCCGCAACUGCCGCGGCUGCUGCAUCUGCUUCUGCCAAUACCUUGCAAAAACCUCUGCCUUACCGAUUAUAUCCAGGAGCGCCUUUAGCGGGUGUUCCACCUUUGGGUUUGGGGCUGCCGGGUCCGUCAGCUCACCUCGGCUCCCUCGGGGGGCCAGCGCUCGGGGCUCUAGGGUACUAUGCACAAGCGAGACGCACCCCCUCCCCCGACGUCGACCCGGGCAGCCCGGCUCCACCCCCGCGCUCUCCUCGAGAGCCGUCUAUAGAACGACGCUCAGAUGACGAAGACGACGAUGAACCCAUACACGUG